GGCCCUGUCGGUUUGCCAGCUGGGUUGCCCUGAGUGACCAGAGCGGCUGGUGUCUCACCUCCUCCCCCACCGGCUUCUCCCUACAGGAUGCUGACACGUGCGUCCUGGUCCCCGACACCCUUCCGUGUGCCUAGCGAGUCGUCCCUCCUGUGGCAGGACAUUGAGGGAGCCUUCUCACACAGACCCACAGGGGUCCUCGGUGAAUUUUGUCAUGUUAAUUUAAGGAACCUCGCCUAGAAGUCCCAACACGCAUUUCCCCAUCGACGGGAAGGCUCGGACUCCAAGAUGAUUAUAAAGGAAUAUCGGAUUCCUCUGCCCAUGACCGUGGAGGAGUACCGCAUCGCCCAGCUGUACAUGAUACAGAAGAAGAGCCGGAACGAGACGUAUGGCGAAGGCAGCGGCGUGGAGAUCUUGGAGAACCGGCCAUACACAGACGGCCCCGGCGGCUCUGGGCAGUACACACACAAGGUGUACCACGUGGGCAUGCACAUCCCCAGCUGGUUCCGCUCCAUCCUGCCCAAGGCGGCCCUGAGGGUGGUCGAGGAGUCCUGGAAUGCCUACCCCUACACCCGAACCAGGUUCACUUGCCCCUUUGUGGAGAAAUUCUCCAUUGACAUCGAAACCUUUUAUAAAACGGAUGCUGGAGAAAACCCAAACGUGUUCAGCCUGUCUCCUGUGGAGAAGAACCAGCUGACAAUCGACUUCAUCGACAUCGUCAAGGACCCCGUGCCCCCCAAUGAGUAUAAGACGGAAGAGGACCCCAAGCUGUUCCACUCGAUCAAGACACAGAGGGGGCCCCUGUCUGACAACUGGAUCGAGGAGUACAAGCAGCAGGUUUUCCCCAUCAUGUGUGCCUACAAGCUCUGCAAGGUGGAGUUUCGCUACUGGGGCAUGCAGUCCAAGAUCGAGAGGUUCAUCCACGACACGGGCCUGCGGAAGGUGAUGGUGAGGGCCCACCGGCAGGCCUGGUGCUGGCAGGACGAGUGGUACGGGCUGAACAUGGAGAACAUCCGGGAGCUGGAGAAGGAGGCGCAGCUCAUGCUGUCCCGCAAGAUGGCCCAGUUCAACGAAGAUGACGAGGAGGCUGCAGAGCUGGCCAAGGAUGAAACCAGCCAGGCCCAGGUCCCCGGGGAGGCCCCCCAGACCAGCAGCAGCAGUGGGGAUCCCCUGGGAGGCCGGGGCCUCAAGAAACAGUGGUCCACGUCCUCUAAGUCCUCACGGUCCUCCAAGAGGGGAGCCAGCCCUUCCCGCCACAGCAUCUCUGAGUGGAGGAUGCAAAGUAUCGCCCGGGACUCAGACGAGAGCUCAGACGACGAGUAUUUCGACGCUCAUGAGGACCUGUCUGACUCAGAGGAAAUGUUCCCCAAGGACAUCACCAAGUGGAACUCCAAUGACCUCAUGGACAAAAUUGAAAGCCCUGAGCCGGAAGAUACACAGGACGGUCUGUACCGCCAGAGCGCCCCUGAAUUCAGGGUGGCCUCCAGUGUGGAGCAGCUGAACAUCAUCGAGGACGAGGUCAGCCCACCCCUGGCCGUGCCGGCCUCCAAGAUCCACGUGCUGCUGCUGGUGCUGCACGGAGGCACCAUCCUGGACACGGGCGCUGGGGACCCCAGCUCCAAGCAGGGCGACGCCAACACCAUCGCCACCGUGUUCGACACCGUCAUGCGCGUGCACUACCCCAGCACCCUGGGCCGCCUUGCCAUCCGCCUGGUGCCCUGCCCGCCCAUCUGCUCUGAUGCCUUUGCCCUCGUCUCCAACCUUAGCCCUUACAGCCACGAUGAAGGCUGUCUGUCCAGCAGCCAGGACCACAUCCCCCUGGCUGCCCUGCCCCUGCUGGCCACCUCCUCACCCCAGUACCAGGAGGCAAUCGCCGCAGUGAUUCAGCGGGCCAACCUUGCCUACGGGGACUUCAUCAAGUCCCAGGAGGGCAUGACCUUCAACGGGCAGGUCUGCCUGAUUGGGGACUGCGUCGGGGGCAUCCUGGCGUUCGAUGCCUUAUGCUACAGCAACCAGCCCGUGUCCGAGAGUCAGAGCAGCAGCCGCCGGGGCAGCGUGGCCAGCGUGCAGGACACUGACCUGCUGUCCCCCGGCACCCUGGUCAAUGCGGCACAUGGUGGCAGCGGCAGCGGUGGCCUGGAGAGCAGUCGGCACCUGAGUCGCAGCAACAUUGAUAUCCCCCGAAGCAAUGGUGUCGAAGACCCCAAAAGGCAGUUGCCCCGAAAGAGGAGUGACUCCUCCACCUACGAGCUGGACACCAUCCAGCAGCACCAGGCCUUCCUGUCCAGCCUCCAUGCCAGCGUGCUGAGGAAUGAGCCCAGCUCCCGCCGUUCGAGCAGCUCCACCAUGCUGGACGGCACAGGGGCUGUGGGGAAGUUUGACUUUGAGAUCGCAGACCUUUUCCUCUUCGGGUGCCCGCUGGGGCUCGUCCUGGCCUUGAGGAAGACCGUCAUCCCUGCCCUGGAUGUUUUCCAGCUGCGGCCUGCCUGCCAGCAAGUCUACAACCUCUUCCACCCCGCGGACCCGUCUGCCUCGCGCCUGGAGCCGCUGCUGGAGCGGAGGUUCCACGCCCUGCCGCCUUUCAGCAUCCCCCGAUACCAGCGCUACCCGCUGGGCGACGGCUGCUCCGCGCUGCUGGUCGAGACAGUGCAGAGAAACCCCGAGCUGGUCCUGGAGGGUGGGCCCCUGGCCCCUCUCCCCCCAGGGGACGGCUUCCUGGAAACCAGUAUCCCCGUUCCCGCGCUCACCUGUCAAGAUGGGCCCCGCCCGAGCCCGGGUUCUGCUGAGUCGGACGCACUCCAGACCCACAACACAGUCUUUCAAGAGCACGCGGCCCCCUCCUCGCCGGGCGCAGCCCCCACCACCCGAGGCUUCCGCCGAGCCAGUGAGAUCAGCAUUGCCAGCCAGGUGUCGGGCAUGGCCGAGAGCUACACAGCGUCCAGCAUUGCCCAGAUUGCAGCAAAGUGGUGGGGCCAAAAGCGGAUCGACUACGCCCUGUAUUGCCCUGACGCCCUGACGGCCUUCCCCACGGUGGCCUUGCCCCACCUCUUCCAUGCCAGCUACUGGGAGUCAACGGAUGUGGUCUCCUUCCUGCUGAGACAGGUCAUGAGGCACGACAAUUCAAGCAUCUUGGAGCUGGACGGCAAGGAGGUUUCGGUGUUCACCCCCUCAAAGCCGAGAGAGAAGUGGCAACGCAAGAGGACCCAUGUGAAGCUGCGGAACGUGACCGCCAACCACCGGAUCAAUGAUGCAGUCGCCAACGAGGAUGGCCCGCAGGUUCUGACGGGCCGGUUCAUGUACGGACCCCUGGACAUGGUCACUCUGACCGGGGAGAAGGUGGACGUGCACAUCAUGACGCAGCCGCCCUCGGGCGAGUGGCUGUACCUGGACACGCUGGUGACGAGCAGCAGUGGGCGGGUCUCCUACACCAUCCCCGAGACCCACCGCCUGGGUGUGGGCGUCUACCCCAUCAAGAUGGUGGUCAGGGGAGACCACACGUUUGCGGACAGCUACAUCACCGUGCUGCCCAAGGGCACGGAGUUCGUGGUCUUCAGUAUCGAUGGCUCCUUUGCUGCCAGCGUGUCCAUCAUGGGCAGCGACCCCAAAGUGCGGGCCGGGGCCGUGGACGUGGUGCGGCACUGGCAGGACCUGGGCUACCUCAUCAUCUAUGUGACGGGCCGGCCUGACAUGCAGAAGCAGCGGGUGGUGGCGUGGCUGGCCCAGCACAACUUCCCCCACGGCGUGGUGUCCUUCUGCGACGGCCUGGUGCACGACCCGCUACGGCACAAGGCCAACUUCCUGAAGCUGCUCAUCUCCGAGCUGCACCUGCGCGUGCACGCGGCCUACGGCUCCACCAAGGACGUGGCGGUCUACAGCUCCAUCAGCCUGUCCCCCAUGCAGAUCUACAUCGUGGGCCGGCCCACCAAGAAGCUGCAGCAGCAGUGCCAGUUCAUCACGGACGGCUACGCGGCUCACCUGGCCCAGCUCAAGUACAACCACCGGGCGCGGCCGGCCCGCAAUGCGGCCACCCGCAUGGUGUUGCGAAAAGGCAGCUUCGGCCUGCCGGGCCAGGGCGACUUCCUGCGCUCCCGGAACCACCUGCUCCGCACCAUCUCGGCCCAGCCCAGCGGGCCCAGCCACCGGCACGAUCGGACACAGAGCCAGGUGGAUGGCGAGCAGCGGGGACAACGCAGCAUGAGCGUAGCAGCGGGCUGCUGGGGCCGCACCAUGGCUGGCCGGCCUGAGCCAGGGGCAGCCGCAGGCCCCAAGUAGGACACCGUGACUGGGGCGCUGUGGACUCCAUGGUGCUAGGCCAGGGCGGCCAGCCCCGCCAGGAGGCCUGGCCUGGGCACACGAUGUCGGCUGGAGACAAGCUUGUCCCAGGGCCUGGCGGAGGACAUAGGCCGUGCCACACAGCCCUCCCAGCCCUGCCUCGUGUCCUGGGGUCUGAGGGGUUCCAGCUUGCAGGAAGACCUGUCCCAGGAUGACAGAGGGACCAGAACUCCCCAUGUGGACUGGCCCAGAAGGCACUCCUAAACAUUUGCCCUGCAUUGACCUCCGAGCACCCCGACGCCAGGCCCAGGCCCGGGCCCAGCCCGCCACCUCCCAUCCACUAGCUCACCCUGACCCCCAGGUCCCCUUCCACUUGGUAGCAGCUCCAACGGGGGACAGCCUGCUUCUUGUUAACUCAAGUUACUCAACUGUUCAACCUCACUGGUUUUGCACUGAUUUUUGAGAGCGGAGAUCCAUUACCAUCUCCUGUGGCUACAGACAUGCAUGAAAAGCCAACAUUCGCUGAUCUGGGACCUAUUGCCACACAGAAGGCUCCAGGGCGGCAAACCCUCAUGCAAGCAGGAGAGAAAGGCCAUAUCUUAAUUUCUGCAGCUCCGCCUGGCCCGCCAGCGCUGUGGUAGCCCCGGACCCCUGCCUACCUGUCCACUUGCCCCACCUGGAACCCAGUUCGGCGGCGAGGCUGGUGAGGCCCAGAGCCGGCUCCCGAGGAGCCACGCCUCGGGCUCCUGGGCCUGCCCGGGCCCAGCCUCCUCCUCUUCCAUUCCUCGCCUGCCGUCAGUCAAGGCCACGUGCCUCGGCUCUCCUGCGUUUCUACACCUUUCUACUUCUCCAAUCUGAUUUCUAUGAGGUUUUUUUAAAUGAGCAAUCCUUGGCUGCUUCCUUUUCUUAACUCUUUCAGUACCAAGCGCAGCCCCUCCACAUGAAAACACCCAGCACUGUGACGGAGUCCAGCCUGGUUCUGGGUCUCGGGGCCCUGCCCCCCUGCCCAUGCAGAGGGGCAUGGGAUCCCUGCCUCACCUGACCCCCAUUAAUUCCACUGAAUUUCUACUCUGGGGUGAGUGGGGCACACACUUAGGUUUUUUUAAUGCCAAUUCCGUUUUGAUGCCGAAUCUAAGAAGCCACAACUUGCUUCGUUAGCUUAAGGGCAGGCAGCCACGACGCCAUUCCCCACCUGGUAAGGACCACGCUGUCCUGCACGCUGGGUCCGACAUCAGCCCUCCCUCCCCAGAACCAACCACGAUCUCAGCUGUGGCGCUCGGCUCCGGGUGGCCCUUCUGCUGCUCCUCCACCUUCUCUGAAAGGCGGGGGAGCUGCCUGGCCAGGCUCCGACUCUGAGAAGCUGCUGCCAACCUGGAUACGGGCCUCAGGGCCUCAUGGGCUGGGACGGGGAGGCACACAGAUGGAUGUUAACAUUCUCCCGUGUGUAGAUAUGUACAGCCAAAGGGUCGUGUAAAUGUUCCGCAAAAGUGGGUCUAUACAGAGUGAAAGCUAUUUAUUUUGUGCAGAGAAAAAUUUCUGGAGGGAUAGGACCUUCAGGGUUUGUUCAUAUUUAAGAUGUAGCUUUUUGUUUUUGUUUCAGGCGUUAUGUAUAAAGCAACGAUUAUUUUAUGGACCAAGUUUUAAUGUAAGUGUUACAAUGGAAGUGCAAUACCUGAUCCCCCUCCGCUCCCCGGCGGGAAACCGCUCAGCCCGGCGAGGGGCCCCUGUGGCCAGUGCCUCCUC